UCGAAAUCGAAUCGUUGGCUGUUUAUUGUUUGUUGUGUGAAUCACCAUCACCAAAUUUACCAAAUUCUUUAGUGUAGUACGCCGUACGCGUUCGCGAUUUUUGUUGUCUCGAUCGUUGUAAUAUUUUCACUGAGCUCUGCCAAAAACUACAAAAUGAUUAUUGUCAGUUUAAUUCUCAUGCUUGUAAUAUUUUCAGGCGUAGAUUGUGAAAGAAAGAUCACAGCCAAGUUGAAUCCAGGCUGUGACAAUCCUUCUCUGUGCAAAGAUGCCAUAUUGGUACAUGUCAAGGCCGAAGGUUUGAAUGACACUCUUCACCACAUUUGGGAUUUCACCUGGAAACCAUCACUGCUCCUGGCACUCACUGAGAAGAACACUACGCUAAACAUCCAAUGGUCGCCUUUCCUUGCUGGCAAUGAGGAUGCUGUAAAAUUUGAUUCUGUGCCUAAAUACGUAUAUGGAGUUGUUCUUGACAAGAUGAUUGAAUUUAACGAUGCAGAUGACACAGGAUAUUUGAAUGAGACAAACUCUGAUUCUUCUUAUAUUUCUCUUCUGGACACAAAGAACUUCAACUGGAAACUCAGCAAUCUGACAAACACCAGUGGUGAAGCUACCUUGACUGUUGUCGCAACAGAUUUCAAAGACAAUCUCAUUAAUCUUCAGAAAAAUGGAACUGUACAAAUCACUUUGUCAGCGUAUGGAGCUGAGACCCACGGUGAGCCUCUGCCCCACCUGCUCCACUCUGGUAACGCCUCUCAGGUUGACCUGAUCAUCAAUGGACUCUCUCCACAGUACAAUAGGUCUCGCUACGGACUCGGCCUCCUCGCAGUCAGCUCUGACUCUCGUAACUCCACAUUGCCCUCGGUCAACCACAGGAAGACACUGGAUGACGAACAUGCACCUGGAGUCUUCACUAUCGAGGAGUUGCUAACACCGGCAGUGCAUGACAAGGCUGGUGGUGGUUACCUUCAGUGGCGUCCCAUUGUAUACUUCUCUGACAAGCGUGAGAUGACCAACAGCACAGAAACAGUGCAGUAUCACGUAGUCGCCCCAACAUCCCCACGCUCAGCUCUCAACCAUUCGCUCCUGUUCUCUGCCCUCGGACCGCAAGUUGACGACAUGCUCACCAUCGCUACCAAUGUGACCUUCGGAGUAGCUAAGGACGGCUUCUACAACAAGAAUCAAUAUGCUGCAUGGACUAUGGUUGCCGGCUACGGGCAGCCCCCAGAAGAGCACUUCUCCAUGUUGGUAAUGUUGGUGUUGCUGAUUGGUCUUGGACUCCCGGCCAUAGUGAUCCUCACUGGAACUGUCUGCCUCGUCGUCCGCCGCCUUCAACGCAACAAGGACGACUUCUUCCUAAGCCGAUAACUUCAUCUCCCUUUCAGUCGGUGUUACCUUGUCUUUCAGUGAGUUGCUGUUAGUAUUUGACGACGUCCUAAACUGUAGAACCCAGUGAGGUGAUGAGUUCAUUUUCCCCUUUUUCUAAUCUCAGUAAUAUUUUGUUAUUUAACAUUUUUAUUUUUUUGAGAGUUGUUGUUCUUACUAUGAAACUAUUAUUUUAAUCUUGUAAGACUGAUUGGUUGUACUUAAGGGUUUACUAAAUGUAUGCUCGUACAUUUUAGUGAUUAACUUGUUUUGGGAGAUAUUCAUUUACAAAGUAUAUGUAAAGAAAGAUCAAGUAUUUCAAACAUUUUAAUGAGGUUUUAAGCAAUAUUUUUCAAACACUGUUUAAUUUCUCAUCAACAUCGAUUGAAAUUUCUUACAUAAAAUAUCCCUCGUUAAAAACCCGGCUCUAUAUUUUACCAGUGUGUUGAUUAUCAUUAUUUGUGGCUACUAAGUGAGAUUAGAAGAGGCAAGGAAGAUACUCAUCCAUGUGUUUUAUAUACCAAAGCUAAUUCCUAAAAUACUAACUUAUAUUUAAUUUAGCUGUAAGACAAUGGUACCUCUGAUGUAAUAGCCGUGUAGUUACUUCUAUCUGGUUGUCCUCAACAUUCCUUCACUACCGUUUUACAAGACUGUACUAAGAAAGCAUUUACUUUACAUUCCAUUAAACAGUUAACUGGCUCAGAAAGCUAAGUUAAUUGUCUACAGUCCAUUCUUUUGUUUAUUGUACCAUGGUUUUACUUAUAACCAGGUAUAUAGCUAAUUUAUUUGAAGCAUUGUUGACUGUUUUAUGAUGUUCUCAAUUCUCUAUAGGUAGCUAUUUUAACACAUGCCAUAAGGUAUUCUGUGUUCUGUGUAGAACAAACCCACCCAUGCAAUAAGAGCAAAUACAACUUCAUAGAGAAGCUAGAGCUUAUAUUUUAUUAGUUAACAAGCACUAAAGCACAUGUAAUUAGUAUUAAAUAAAUAUGAUAUUUUUAGUUCAUAAGUUAGCGUUACAAAUAAGAAGUUUUAGUUUUCCGUACCAUUGAAGUAACGUGCAUUGUUUUAGUUUAGGAGUGUGUUUUAUCUGAGUUGCUUUUAAUCAAAAUAACGUAUUGAUAUAUAAUAUAGGCCUGGGAUCAUUUUAAUUGUAAAAAAAUUAAUAUGUUCAUCAAUUGCUAAUAACUUUCAGAAUCUCGUUCUACUGAUUUAUGGAAAUGUAAUAGUUUUAUUGCAUUUCCAUUGUUUUAUUAAAAUAUAGGCCAUAAUAUAUACUUUAAUUCAUAUUAUUCAUAGUAACGUAUAUAAGUGGAAGAAAAUAUUUUUAUUUCCUAAUAUAAGUUAUAAGAGUGUGUAUUGUAAGUGAUAGUUGCGUUAACUUUUUUAUAACCGUGUUAGCCUUUGUUAGAUGCGAAAUUCUUUGCCAUAAAUUCCGUCCAAUAUGGUUCUAUUAAAAAUUAUUAUCAGUUCCAAAUGAUCUUUCAUUUUUUCAAAAUUUUUAUUUGAUGAUUACUUCCAAGAUUUUUAGUUGCAAAUUAAUAUUCAUAUUUUUAUUAGAAUUCUGCAAUUGAGACUUAAGUGUUGUGCAAUAAUUGAGAAAUGUUCCAAAGUUUAUCCUUCCAUUGACUGUACAUUCCUUGUUGUAAAUCACUAUAUCACUGAUUGAUCAUCGUUGUUAUAACUGUCCCUUAGUUGUCACCUAUGCUCAAGUCCAUCGUCAGUUCAAGCAGCAAUUUUAUAGUCUUGAGCUUGAUUUGAUGGUGGUUGUUAUAAACAAUUUUGAUGGUCAGUGUAGUAAGUCUUCACAAAUUCCUAAUACAAAAAUCUUUAUUUGGUUACUGUAAAUUUAGGCAAGGUUAAUACUCCGUUUAGUUUUGUGUACUAUGGCUCUAUUCAAGAGUGGAAGUUAGUAAACACCAGUUCACAUUUCAAUAACCAAUUGACUUUGGUCACUCUGUGUACAAAAGCUAAACAGUAUAAUUGGGUCUUUAGUAUAUAAAAAGGUUUCUGGAUUUCUUUUGUUUUUUAUGUUGAUCUCACCGUUGGUAAAUAACUAGUAACCCUGUGAUCUCGAGUCAAUUUCCUCUACUCUCAAAUAGUUAUUCAUUUUUAUUAGCUAAUGUUGUUUUAAAAAAUAGACUUAUAUUUAAAAUACAACGUUAUAAGUCAAUUAAUUCUAAUGAAACUGUUAUUUUUGUAAAUUUUAGCCAUGACAACUAUUACGCUUUUAACAUAGGCAAUGUACACGUAUCGAUUUAAGUCUGAAUUUAUUGUUAGAUAGGCUCAAUAAAUGAAUUUACUUCAAA